ACAGUGUAUAGUGUGUUUCGGAAUUUCGGAGGUCAACAUGGAAAAAUAAGGUUAUAAUACAAUACUAGAUAGCGUCUUGUCGCAGUGAUCGGAUGUCGUCAUGGGAAGCAAAGUGAGUAGCAAGAUGGCAGCGGCCAGUCGGGUCGUGCAGGUUGUGCGACCUCGUGCACCUUUAAUUAAAUUUCCAGAUCGGAAUGGCAUCCCUAGGCCAAAUGUGCAAGAGGCACUGAAUGUGCUUGCAGCCUGUCUCCCACAGAUCUCCCCAUCUGCACCUCCUCUUACAACAUCCGUAUCACCUCCACCCAAACCACCGGGACCCGUCAGCCGACUGCCUGGCACCCCUGACAGCCUUGAUGUAGUUAGAGAUCUCCCUCAGAAAUACCGCAGAACAACCCUUGCGUUAGAUGAAAUGGACUACAUUCAGCGUGGUGGACCAGAGUGACUGUGGUCUAGUCUGUCCAGUUCAUUCAAUCAGACUCUAUUUGCAGAAAUGGGUUGCCUGACCUUUUUUUUUCUCAGUGUAAGAGGAGUUUAUAAUGUCAUAUAGCAAACCAAACCAACCAAAUAAAUUAGUUUUAAUUGUACAUACAGAUUAUUAUUUGAUAGUUAAGCCUGUGAUUGGUUGUUUCAUUAUUCAGGUGCUCUGUACUUAACAUUAAAAUGCAGAACUCUUUGCCUUCUUAUUCUUCAGUCUGUCUUGUCAUUUACUCUGUGAUGUACUGGCCAGCCCCUCUUCUGACCAUCAUGAACAGAGUUUAUGAAUUUCCUCUUCCAUUUCAUUAUGUGUUCUGGAGUCAGAGAAAAGCACUGAUCCGAGUGCCAGCAUAUUCUACAGGUCUGAACAAAAUGGAUCACUAGGAGUAUUGUGGAUUUGAAUGAUUCAAAUAUUUACUCAUUGUUGAAA